GGUUACUCCAAUCUGGUGGCACACGUGGCAUCGAAGCACGCUGGCUACGAGGCAACGUACGCAUCGCUCCAGGCCAGCUCGGACCGACCUCUUCAAGCGUUCGGCUUCGUCGCAGAGGUAGCCAGCCAUCUCUUCCAAUGGGUCCGUUGGAUCAUCGAACGCAACAUGCCCGUC